AUGGACGUGCGGUCACGAACGAGAAGAGAGGAGGGAGAAGAAGAGGUCAACACCACCACCGCCACCCCACCACAGUUCAGCUACAGGCGGCCGCCCGUGGCCCGACGGGGCGACCAGUGGUGGCGCAGCUGGUGGUUCGUCGUGGGCGUGGCGGCGCUGGUGGUGGCCCUGGGCUGGUGGCUCCUGGUGCUCAAGUGGGAGUGGUACUGCUUCGCCUGGGCCAGCUGGGCCGACCCGGUCCUGCACGACGCGCGGGCCUGCCGGGCUGUGCAGCCGCCCUGCCUGGAGCGGGGGCGCCUCUUGACGGCGGCCUAUGGCUUCAGAUCAGUCUACGAGGGCCGACUCAACAUCUCCAGGCUGAAGGAGGAAGGCCUGGAGUCGAGCCCUUUGUUGAUGCUAGCGUCGAGUAGCGGCGAAGAUGGAUCCUCAAAAUCUGCUUCUACGCGCGGGCAGAUGAUGAAG